UCUGCAGUCAAGAUGAAAUUCACUAUUGUGACUACCGUCCUCCUUGGACUCCUGCUGACUCCAGCCCUUGCUGAGAAUUAUAUGAACACAGGAAACCAGCAUUCGAGUGGAAAUAACCAAUAUAUAAAUGAGCAGUCCCAAAACAAUCAGAUGCUAACAAAGCAAAUCACUGUUGAUGGCGGCCUCCAAACUCUGACCAUCCAUGUGCAACGACGUGUGGCAACAAUUGAGCAAGAGAGCACCCAUGGAUUAUGGGAAACCAUCCUGAACUUCAAUACGGGUGCGGUUGCAAGCAAAGUGCUGCCAGAGAGAGUUUGCUACGUUUCCAAAGUGCACAGAAUGGAGAUGCCUGACUUUGAUGAGAUUGCCAGACUGAUUCAAGACGGCAUGAACAUGGAAAGUCAAGGACAACCUGCAAAAAAGGUCACAUUCAUCGUUCAGAGACGCAUCCGUGACCUCAGGUCUUACGGACAAGACAUCGUUGACCUGUGCAGAGGACUCCCCACCUACGUGGCUUAUAAAGUUAAUCGACCCCAAGAUCAAUACAAUCAAGAAUCAUGCAAUAUAUUUAAUAUCCUGCAACUUUUGGGCCUUCAAUACUGCCAUCAGUAUGAGUAGACCAUGCAGAAAGGUUUUGAAACCAAUUGAACCAGGUACGGAUG